AUACGCAGACGCAGUGAAACAAGCGCCAUUUUGGAAGCAAAAUUUAAACUUUCAGAAUGAAGACGCCGAAACACGUUGGAUUUAAGCGACGUUGGAUAGUUUAAUGCAAUAUUUUAGACCUGCAGAUUUUAAAAGACAGCAAAGUUGUCAAAAUGUGGUGGAUUUUGCAAAACAUUGCGCGUUUCCUCUACUACUCCAUUCUUGAUUUCGUAUUCUUCAUCAUUGUAGACGCUUUCGCAAAGUUUACAAUAGGAGACACAAAUUCAAAGAGUAUGCAGGAGAAGAGGCAGAUUUGGUUUUGGGAGUCUGUAGUGUUGAUUGUCCUGAGCAUCAUCAUCUAUCUCUGCGACCAUUUCCCUUUCCUUCUCAUCCUCCUUUCUUUAGUCACACUUGGCUACACUCAGUUUGGUGUUUCCUUCAACUUAUUUAGAUGGUGGACCCAGAUGAAAGCCAGGUGGGAAGAGCACCAGCAGCAUCAGGACAGCAUGUCAAGGUUGCAGGUCCAGCUAGACAUGCAACGGAAGCAACAGCAGCAACAUGGAAAUCCAGCAUUCCAUCACGGAAUGGCCUUCAACCAAUAUCACCAGCAACAAAUCCCCAAACAAAAUAUCUUUAAUGCCACACCAGUAAAUAAGCCAAAAACCAACAACCAGUCGGAAAGGGGCAUGUACAUGUCGGGGUGGGCUAAGACAACACAACAAAGGUUUAGUAAUAUGAUGAAGAGAUUUCAAGGUGAGAAAAAUGAGGAAAAGAAAGGAACUUCUGAUCCUCCUCCUCCUGUUAAAAAGACAGAGUACAGCUUUAUGCCUUCUCUUCAAGCCAAGUCCAGUUUUGCAGGAGGUCAGCAUUUUGCAACAGCUAAAGAUGAUUCCCCAUCAGCAAAACCUUCUUGGUAUGGAGACAGCUUGUCUCGCAAGCCACUACGAUCUGAAAGGUCCAUGCCAUACUCACUUGCAACCAACCCAGACAAUUCUUUUCGGUCCAAAAUCUUGUCCAAGUUUGGAUUUGGAUCAGCAGGCUUGGCACCCUUGGGAUUGAGAAAUGAGGGACAAAAUCUUUGUUUCAUCAAUGCAGUUGUACAGUGUCUGGCAAGGACCCCAGGACUUCUCUCGGAACUGGAAAAUGAAGCUUCUUGUAAGGACUGGGACUGUAGUAUGGCUGAGUCUCUACUGCUCAGCACUCUGUCCGAGCUCAUACAGGGCUGUAAUGUGAGGCCAUCAGGGGGGAAACCAGUGUUGGACCCUAUGGCAUUCAGACAAGCAGCCUCCUCGUUGAACCCUAAUCUAGUGGCUCCACCCACUCAGCGACAAUUACAGCAGGAUGCUGCAGAGUUCUUCAUGUGGCUAGUGGAAAUACUUCACUCUAUCAUCAACAAAAAUAGGAGAAGUAGAUCAAAUGAGAAAUCAGCCUCAAGAGAGCCCAGUCGAAUGAAGGUGAUGAAGUUUAUUUAUGGGGAUUUGACCCCUGCCAAGGUCUCUGACCUUAAGCAGGCUUGUAAACAAGAGAUUGAUGCCGCCCACGGUUUGAUGAACGAUUCGUAUGCAGAAUCAGUUCAGAGGCUGUCAGAUUUAGAGUGGAUGUCAUACAAACAAGAAAAUACCUCAGUUGUGGACAACCUGUUCACUGGACAACUAGUGAUUGCUUACCACUGCCUGGCAGAUAAUCACAUAUCAGUAAACAUGCAGACAUUCCGACUCCUGCCAGUGCCUAUAGAGGCCCCGCGGGAAGUGAAUGGUCUGGUCCACGUAAGUGACUGCUUCACCAAGUUCUGUAACAUUGAGCACCUAGUGGGACAGGAUGGGCUUGAAUGUUCGUUCUGUAAUGCUCAGAGAGCGAGGCAGCAGGAACCUCCCCAAACACCCGUCACCGCGCCUUACCUCAGAAAACAUUACAACCUCCGCACCCCGAGUUUGAACGGCAGGACCUUACUGUCCAGUGCUGACUCAGCGGUGUCGGGGGUCAGCUCCCCUCUAGCCACAAAUUUCAUGUCCCCGAUACCGGGGUCUAGAGAUAUGCUCAGUGACAGUGGUUUUCAGGACAAUGUGUUCAAAACAUCCACUCCCAUCAGCGACAACCAAAUCCCCUUCCCCCAGCGCCUUCGCGAUGCCCAGAGGCGAUGUUCUUUACGACAGCUACCGGACUGUUUUGUGAUUCAGUUGAUGCGAUUCUCAUACAACCCUUACACCAGACAGACGAACAAAGUGCACUCUCCCGUCUCGAUCCCUUUAUCCAAUCUUGAUCUCACAGAAGUAAUGUUUGAUACCAUCACAAACCGUGAGGACUUGGCAGAAGAAGACGCUGUGUACAAGUACGAUUUAUACGGACUGUGCUGCCAUCUAGGAGGGGACAGCGCUAACUACGGCCAUUACAUCAGCUACUGUCUCCAUGGCGACAACAAAUGGUACAGAUUUGACGACGAGAGGGUGAUAGAGGUAGACAUGGAGUACGAACUAACCACACAUGAAAUCAGACAGAAUGCUUACCUCUUGUUCUACAAGAAACAGGGCAUGUCUGUGUAGUAACAGAUCAAAAUUAGGAAAAGUUACUAAGUUAGUGUGUAGGGCUUACAUGUAAAAAUGUGUGUAUCAAGGUAUGAAUGUAGAACGUAAUGAACAGUACUUGUAUGCAUGUGUGGAAAUAAAAAAAAUUAUAUUUUUUUAUUUAAAAAAAAAUGGCAUUUUUUUUUUAGCAACAUUAUUUUUAUUUUUAUACUCAUAUUUUUUUAAAAAAAAUUUAUACAUAUUAAACUGGUAGGAAUGAAUGGGGGUGAUAGAAAUUAAAUUAAAGAUUAAAUUAUUCUAAAUUUUGAAACCAUGUGCUAUGUUAACAUGUAAAACAAAACUAUUUGACCACCCAGGUGUAAAAGGAUGCUUGUAAAUAAAUGGUCUUGUAUACAUGUAUUUGCUGUUUAGAGUGGUUCCAGAACUAUUUUUUGUGUCAAAGUCCUGUUACUUCUGUAGAGAACUGGUACUUAUCUACUCAGAUUGUUAUCAUAUACAUGUACAUUCAUAUUUUGCAAUCUUUUGAUAAAGGAUGGAAAAUGAAUAGAAUUUUUAAAGAUAAAAUGUACAGUAUAUAAAUUACUUUUGUAAAAGUAGUAAAUUUAUAAGAUCAAAUCCAUCGUGAAAGAUUUUAACAUGAUGAUACAUCUUUAAAAAAAACAAAGUCUGUUGUUUGUUAAAAUCAUGUUAUUUACCUCUCUACACAUAAAUUGAGAAUGUUUCCCUA